AUGCAACAGCGACCGUCGUAUCCAUUAUAUAUGAGUAGACCACGUCUACCUUUAUCUAUGCCAUGGCCCACAGUUCCAUUUCGUCUACCUGCUACUUCUCGCUUCGGGCGAUUGAUUGCGCCAUAUCCUAUUUCUCGACCAUUAUCACAAUUGACCCUUCCUCAACAGCAAAAUCUACAGCCAACAAUAACAUCUCCAUUUCCAUCAUAUUCUAAUAGACGCUAUCAACAUUUAAAACAUUCAGCUAGUUAUCCUAAUCGAAAUGCUAUAUAUCGAUCACUGGAUGCUCCAAAAAGGCAGCAACAUCAUCGUACUUAUGCAAAUGAUGAUGUACUUCAUACUCAUGAAUAUCGACCAUCGAAAACAAAAUCUUUUUCUGAUAUUGAACAUAUGUCUCAAAUUAAUUCGACUCGUUUAUCCAAAGUCAAUUCGUGGCACACGAUGAAUCAUUCUCGUAGAUCCAAUUUAAGUGUUGCUUAUGCAAAUGAAGCGCAUCUAACACCAAAACGUCGUCGAAAACAUUCGCCACAUAAAAAGAUAAUAAAACAGCCGCCAAAUCAAGUAUCAUCUUUACCAAGACGAAAUCCAUCAUUUAGUAAACGUAAAAAACGACCUAUGGUCGUACCUGAAUGUGGCAUUGUUCGCAUAUCAACAUUAGAUGAAAUGCCACUAGAUAAUAAUCAGAAAAAUAAAAAGACUAACAGCAUUAAUAAUGAUCGUCUAUCAAUGAAAGGCAGUAUAUCGAAUUCAAGUAAACGUCGAAAAACAUCGCAAGAAAACAAUUCAAUCAAAAAUCGAAAUAUUAACAAAAAUAAACAACAUCGUACGGAUAUCGAUACUGCAUCGUUAUUAUCAUCAUCAUCGUCGUCGUCGUCUUCCGAUCCUAGACACUCGCCGUUACAACAACGUUUAAAUGGUUCACUACGUAGUGAUCCAUUAAUCACUGCUGCUAUGGAAGAUUUUCGGCGACUUCGGCGAUCACCCAGUCAAAAUACAUCAUUAACUUCUCGGGGUCGAAAUCUAAGUCUUGAUAGUUUCUGUUCAGAUUCUACACUUUGUUCAUCAAGAAGAUCACGUAGUCGUAGUCAAUCGAGUUUUACAUCUGUUGAACGUUCAGAAAUUCGUGAACUAAUAAAAACAAUUAAAAACAAAGAUGCAAAAAAAUUAAAUAUUUCUAUUCCAACAACAACAUCAACAUCAAUUCCAAUACCUGUAUCAUCACCUGAACCACCCAUGACAAUAUAUACUCAAACAUCAGCACGAACAAAUAAACCAAAAAAAUCCAGUCUAACAGAAGAAUUAGAUCGUGAAUUCAAUAAAUUACGUGCACGUGAUCCAGAUCAAGAAUUAACCUAUGUAACACCAUCAUCAAUAUGUAAACGAAAAAAAACCUUGGAAAAACCUUCACCAAAUAUUCCACCAGCACCAGCAUUCAAUGAACUUCUACGUCAAGUUCAAUUACGUCCAGUGGAUAAAUCGACGAGACCUCAACUAUCAUUCAAAGAAAAAUCACCAACUCAUGAUCAUGAUGCAAAUCCAUUAUCGUGCAUUCCCGUUCCACGAAGUAGUCCAAUACCUAGACCAGAGAUAAAAACAGAACAAGCUAUACACGAAUAUGCGAUACCAAUAAAAAAAUCUGAAGAAAAACCUACACCUAAAAUAUGCCAAUUUCAACCAAUGCGCAAGUUGGGUAUCAAUAAAUCAACACUGAGAAGUAUGCCUGAAAACCCACCGUCACAUUUUGUGCCAUCAUUUAAUUGGCCUCAAUAUGGUUUAACAAAUCAAAUGCCAAGCACUUUCCAACCAAAACCUUUUGUUAAUAAUCAAAAUGAACAUGUACCAACAGCUACUAAAGAAAAUAUUUAUACAUCAGAUAUUGAUGUAUGUCUACCAUUAUCGACCAUCGAUAAAAACCAUGAAGAUGCUCUUCAAGCUCAUCUUGAUGAUCACACUAUUUUAACAGAUGAUUUAUAUUCUGAUUUUGGAACAAAACAAACAGUAAUUUCAUCAUCGCUUGUAGACGAUUUUUCACUUUUAUUUAAACGUAAACAUAAACAUGAAAAUCAAUUCACUAAAAAACCUCAACGUUGUUCAAUUAUGUAG